AUGAAUCUUAUACAUCUUUGUAUAUUAUUGAUUAUUGUUGAUCAAUGUUAUGCUAGUCCACUUGAAGAUAUUUCUGCUAUGCCUGAUUUAAGUUUAUUUUAUCAACAACUAAUUCGUCAACCAGGCCUGCAAGGAUUAUUACAAGAUAUCUAUCAAUCUCAACAGCCUAUGAUCACAGGAGAAUUUACUAUAUUUGCUCCGAGUAAUGAUGCGAUGUCUCGUAUCAAUCGUCGAAAUGAAGACCCUAAUCUGCUUUGGAAGUAUCAUAUUGUACCUGGCCGCUAUGAUGAUCAAGCACUCUAUAAUCUGGCACAAGAAAAACUCAAUCAGGCCAGUCCAAGACAAAUGACGGAUGCUCGACCACAGAAUAGUUUACUAACGUUGGCCGCUCCUUUUCAGGUCUUCUACGGCGUGGGCUUUUAUGGUGGCACAGGUCCGUAUAUAAAUGUAAGUUAUGAUAACACAGGUUAUGGCCAAAAUGGAGUUCCUGGAUCUCCAGGGGCAGCAAUCAACAUAACGAAUACUUUUCAAAGUUCUCUACCAUUGAAUCCAUAUCUCGUCAACACAAACAAUUAUAAUCCGAAUCAACAAAGCCAAACCUAUGUUGUUGCGCAAGGCAGUGCAUCAUCUGGGAAUCCGAAUUUAUUUCCACCAAAUUUGACCAAUUAUUACACGAAUGUGUUCAAUCCAAAUGUCAAUACACAAUUUCUUCAGAAUGCCAAUCCACCCACUUCGAACUUCAACCCUAAUUUUCAGCAAUCUCAACAACAACAACAACAAUAUUUUGGACCAAUCAAUUAUCCUGGAAUCGGAAUACCACGUCCAACAAUUAACAAUGCUUUCGUAUUACAAUCACGCACGAUGAGUCGUGGUGUGAUCAAUGUGAUUGAUAAUAUUCUAUGGCCGCCUGAAAGACGCGAUCAAACACAAUUUAAAACUGCUUACGAUGCUCUUGAAGAUCCACAGUUUUCGCGUCUUCGAUUAUUGGCUGAUCGUAGUGAAUAUUUUCGUUCGGAAUUACGUUCAGUAAAUCAACAAACUUGGUUUCUACCAAAUGAUCAAGCAUUUGCCAGUUACGGUACUGGUUUAAGUUUCCUAUUUGAACCAUUGACUGUGGAAAAUAUAAACGAUAUAAAUGAUUUUAUCAAAUCACAUAUUGUUCCACUUGUACUAUAUCCAAGUGUAAUGGACGCAAGUAAACAAAUAAGUACAUUGAGUAUUGGUAAAUGGGUUACGUUUCGCAAAACUGCACAAUCGGAAGCGGCAUUUCAAGUUGAUGUUGUUUCAAAUCGACAAAUUGCACAUAUUGUCACGUCACGGCCAGAAGAUAUCAAAAUCUAUGGUAAUGGUGUCGUCUAUCCAGUUACUGCAAUUCUUAGUGGUCCUGCUCGAUCAGCUGCUGAUGAACUUGCUCGAAGUUAUCAAUAUUUUAUGGCUUUGAUUCAACAAUCGGGUGAUACAGAAUUAGUUAAUUUAUUACAAGGUAACACGGCUGGUUUAGGCAAUACGGGUCCAAAUAUAUUCAAUCCACAAAAUUUGUUGAACAUCACUGUGCUUAUUCCGCAACAAAUAGCUGUUCAACAAUUAGGAAACUCGCAAGAAUUGAGCAAGAAUUUGCGUCGACAUAUUUUACGUUUUCCUGUGUACACUGAUCAAUUCUUAAUGGGAUCCAGUACAUUUAUUCAGCAGCAGCAGCAACAACAACAACCUUUCGUUCAAACUGGCUUUCAGGGACCAAUAUUUCAAAAAUCAAAUCCGGCUCCUAAUAAAAAUAUGCCACGACGUCGCCGCCGUCGACGACAAUUAAAUAUACCGCCUAAUAUUAAUUUUCAACAACAGCAACAGAUACCGAUAAUUCAACAACAGCAACAAAUACCAUUAGUUCAACAACAACCGCUCAAUCCAACACAAAAUCCAAGUUAUUAUCAAAUCCCAACAUUUCCUUCUUCAGCUAUUUUUCAAGAUGGACAAAUAUAUCCUACCAUGGAUCCAACAUUCUCCAUUCAAGCACAAAUUUCAAGUGGACCAAACGGAAAUGUGGUAACAUUAAUUGGUCGCCCGGAAAACUCCCUCCCGUUCACAGCUGCAAUACUCAAUUCUGAAUCGAAUAUACCUAUUAAAAAUGGUGUCAUGCACGUUAUUCGAGGUAUUCUAUCUGGAACAGUUAUUCCAAUAGAUACUGUGCUUUCCACAAUGCAAGGUGCAAGUUCAUUUACGCAACUAAUGCAGCAAACAGGCGUCAUCGAACAAUUGAAACGAUCUGGACGACCAUAUACUCUCUUCAUUCCAACUAACACUGCCCUACAAUCAAUUGGUGUUACAGCUGACUUUAAUCGAAUCCGACAGUUUGUUCUUCGUCAUAUAUGUUCCGAUGUUCUUCUGGAUCCGAUGACAAACGUCUUACGUCGUUCUGGUGGUUAUUUUAGUCGUAGUCAAAUGCCUGCAGCUCAAUCACAAUCACAAUCACAAUUGUAUCAAGCUAUUAAACGAUCUCGUCGAAAACGGCAAGAUUGGGCUGAUACCUGGAGAAAUGGAACAAUUUCUACUGGGGGACAAACCUUCCGAGCACCAGAUCUUGGUCCAGGUUAUUUUCAACCUCAACAACAAGUUUAUGGAGGAUACCCUGCUGCACCGUCACCCUUUUGGUCAUACAAUCAAUUAUACAAUCCAGGUUAUGUUAUGAGUGGCUAUGCUAAUCCUAAUUCGGAAUAUUAUCCUGGGUAUAAUGGUACUUAUGCCGGUGCAGGUCAUUUCGAUUAUCAAUCGUUGGGUGUUCCUAGCCAAGUAGCACCUGAAGGUGUUUGGAAUCAUAGUGUUAAUGGUGUGUUUAAUCCACAACUCAAUGUUGUGCCCAUCACUGGAUCGACUAUCGGCAAUGUUGGCGGUCAAAGUUAUUAUACAGGCUCAGGUGGAUUUUACAACGGUGCUAACUAUGUUACUGGACCACAAUCAUGUACGGCUAUGACAGGUGACCGUAUUACUAUUCAACCAUUACCUAAUGCACAGCCUACAGGUUUGGGUCCAUCAUCAUCUUAUCAAAGUUAUGUGGUAACUUGCUGUGGUGAUCAGUCUGUUAAUGGUAUGGUUCAAUCAUUCAAUGUCUACCCUCCAAGUUAUGCAGUCUACAUCAUUGGCCGAUCAUUACUAGGCUACGGUCAAACAAUUGCCAACAUGUACAAUCAUGCAAUCAUCCUGUAUCC